UAAACGCAACUACACAAUCGUUUGGCCAAGUGCGCCCAUUCGCUAUCAUCAGCUAGAUAACAUAUUUUUCAUGUUGGCAACGCCCCUUUGGAAAGAAAAACCAUGGCUCUUUAAUUCCCCUCUCUCUCUCUCUCUCUCACCAAAAGUUCCAUUGGAAACCCCUAUAUAUGCCACCCUUUUCAAAGCCUUUCGGUGACCAAUUCAGUGGCUUUCACUCAUUACUCUUCUUUUUCUCAUCAUGUAGAUCUCCACCAUUCUCUGCCUCUCUAAAACAGAGAAUAAACAGAGCAUGUAUCAAUUCAUCAACAUUCUCUGAUGUCCCAACGCUUAAUUCUUUCAAUUACUCCACAAAACCAAAACCCAACUCAUAUAUUUCCACAACCCAACAAUUUCCCUCACUUUCUCUCAACUCCAAUCCAAACACCACCGACAUUGUUUGACUAUCAAACACCAUGGCAGUUGAUGUGUGCUCAGAGAUUUCUAGUUUAUGCGCAAGUCCUAGGCUCUCAUUCUCUCGUGAUCGCAAUGAAACCGACACCCGACGAUUGGAUUCCUCCCUCUUGGAUCCCGGUUUCGAUUUCGAUUUCUCCAUCGACAACACCAGAUUCAACCAAGAACUUCCCUCCGCCGAUGAGCUCUUCUCCGACGGCAAGAUUCUCCCAAUCGAAAUCAACAAGACCGCCGCAACAGCGACGAAAAAAGCCCAUCACUCCAAAACAAGUGCUUUCCCCACCAGGCCUGGUACAAUUACGAGAAGUACUAGCAAAAGUGCCAUUGAGGAUACCGAGAAGAAAAGAUUGAUAGAGUUCUUAUCCAUGGAGUAUGAUGAAGAAGAGGCAAAGCAGCCAGUAUCGAAAUCCUUUUGGCAGUUCAGACGAAGCACUAGUCUGAACUGCGAUAAUGGCCAUAGCGCAAGCCUAAUCCGAUCGCUACAGUUUCUUUCGCGAAGCCACUCGACCGGUUCAGCGCCGAAUCCGAAAAGAAGGGCGGUUUCGAAGUACACCCAGAAGCAGAAUUCGUUAAAGGAACCACCAGCGGCCGCCUUUUCGCCGCCUUCUCAUUAUGGGUAUUACCCGUAUAAUUCGUCGAAAAGGCCUCCACGGAAGAAGAACUGCAGCAGAUCUUAUGGUUAUGGCGUUCGGAUUAGUCCUGUUUUGAAUAUUCCACCUAGUUGUAUGGCUGGAGGAAGUGCGAGUCUGUUUGGAUUGAUCUGUAUUUGUAAGGCUAAAAAGAAGAAGUAACGUUCUUAUGCACAAAUCGGCUCUUUUUGUUUUGUUAGUUUCGUCCGGGAACCCUCCUUCCUUUAUUUCUUAGUAAUUCCUCUAUUCUAUGUCACUCGGGCAUAGAGAAAUUAUUGGACAGAUACACUGUACUCGAUCAUUGGAUCAAAUGUCCCCGGAAGCAAGGAGAAUGCCUGCGUGUUUCAACGAGAACACUGAAAAAGCCGAAUUCAGCUCUACGAAAGAUGGCCAAAGUACGGCUAUCGACAUGAUAUUAUAUUAGCUCAAAAUCACGACGAGGAGAGAUUCUGAUGGGUCGCUUCGGUCUAAAUACAUUAUAAUCAUGUCUGUGUGUUUGUGAUUGGAUUUUUAAAGUACGGUUUUCUUGAGAUUUCUUAGCUGCAUAUCAAACUUUGCAGUUCAUGAUGUUUUUUGAUAAUGGACAGUAGACAGAUCAAUUGGUGCAA